AUGACCUGAUGACCAUGGCUUUCAAAUACCAAAUACUGCUGUGUCCCCGGCCCAAAGAUGUGUUGCUGAUCACUUUCAAUCAUUUAGACGCCAUCAAGGGUUUCAUCCAAGACUCCCCAGCCAUCCUGCAUCAGGUGGAGGAGACUUUCCGGCAGUUGACUGAAAUAUACGGGGCACUGUCUGCGGGGGAGUUCCAGCUGAUCCGGCAGACGCUCCUCAUCUUCUUCCAGGACCUGCACAUCCGGGUAUCCAUAUUUCUAAAGGACAGAGUCCAGAAUUCUAAUGGUCGCUUCGUGUUGCCCGUGUCCGGGCCUGUUCCCUGGGGAACUGAAGUUCCUGGACUCAUCAGAAUGUUCAACGACAGAGGCAAAGAAGUGAAGAAGAUAGAAUUCAAGCAUGGUGGACACUAUGUCACUGCACCAAAAGAAGGUUCUUUUGAACUUUAUGGAGACCGAGUCCUGAAACUGGGAACCAAUAUGUACAGUAUGAACCGGCCCGUGGAAACCCACAUGUCUGGAGCAUCCAAAAACUUAGCUUCCCGGACACAGGAAAGCAUUGCUCCAAACCCUCUUGCUAAAGAAGAGCUGAAUUUCUUGGCCAGGCUGAUGGGAGGGAUGGAGAUUAAGAAACCCAGUGGCCCUGAGCCAGGAUUCCGGUUGAAUCUCUUUACCACCGAUGAAGAGGAGGAACAUGCAGCGCUAACCAGGCCAGAAGAGUUAUCCUAUGAGGUUCUCAACAUACAAGCUACUCAGGACCAGCAAAGGAACGAGGAGCUGGCUCGCAUCAUGGGGGAGUUUGAGGUCAUGGACCAGCCGAGGCAGAGCGCCAGCAAGGGGGAUGAUCUGCUUGCCAUGAUGGAUGAGUUAUAGCUGUGCUGGCCCGGCUCGCCCCCCCAAACGCCCCCUAUGGGACAGGCUGCCGGAUAAGGACCCUGGGGAUGCUCCAGGGAGCAAAAUGAUGCUGCGAGUUUUAUCCUGAGCGUUAACUCCCAUUUCUGUCUAUGUUGUAAUGAACUACGCAAGUCUCCCUCAAGGAGUGCCAUGUCUGGAAGGCACACACAUACGGAGGUUUUCAGCAAAAUAGAUUCUGGCUUUUAAAUUGGACCUUUUCUGUUUUCUUCUGGCUUUAUGGCAACCACCCAAAGCAUCCUGGGUCAUAGGUUCAAGCACCAGAGUCGCUGAGGGGGCGCACCUGUUGCUGCUCUCAACUGUACCUUUCCUGUGGACACGUGCAGCCCACAGAUGCCUGUCUGUGGGUCAUCACGAGACUUCAGAGCUUCCUGGGACGUACUCAGCCUUGUGAGUGAGUUUGAAAUAGGUGGGAAAGGCGGUUGGGGCCCAGUUUAGACAGUCCUCCUCUACCCUGGAAAUUGUAACCUCAGAGGCUGAGUAAGCCAAGCCGUGACCGGGAACACGCAGCUGGGCCCCACGCGGAGCAGGUGGGUGUUCUCUGUCGUUCUCUGCACAUCUCACUAUCUGUAUGUGGUGUGGGCUUAUCCCAUAUGGAAAUGUGUAACAAGGAAACGGUUUGCUUGA